UGUUCUGCUUUGUGAUUUUACUUAAUUUUGUAACUUUUAGGUUAGGUUUUUAGGAUUAAUAUUUACCUUUUGUUCAAUGUAUAAUUAUGAUUUUGAUAAAAGUUUAUAGAUUUUACUUUAGGAAUUUGCCUAUAUUAGGUUAACUUCAGCCCUUGAGACACCCAUGGCUCACUCUUCUUAGGUUUUCUUCCAAACAAAAUCAUCCUAACGUUCUAAAUCUAACGGAGGUUACCAAAGAGAAAGAUUUGUGUUCCUUUUUUGAACAUAAGACCUACUUCCAUUUCCUUAAAUGGAAAUCAGCCGUCAAUCAUUCGCCGAGGCUGUCUCCUGCAGGCUGGUUUUCAGUUGCGCAGAACCUCUUCGUUCAGAGUCCCAUUGAACGUUAGGAUAACUUUUUUUUAACGUUUCGCUUGGAAUUUUCUAGGUAAAACCAUUGAUGGAUUUGAUUGGAUAUUUUUUUAAGAAUUAUUGCGACAAUUUACGGACAAUGGUAGACCUCGUGUUGUUAUUGGAUUCAUUCGUCAGCAUAACAAGCCUUUAUUUUCCGUUUUAAAGUUACUUUUCUCAGCUCUUUGUUUAUUUGGUCAACUCUUAGAAAGGCGGGUACGUCUAAACUAGAAUAGAUCCUACCAUCAUGUUCGGGAAAGGAAAGACGUGUCAUUUUGCUGCUGUCCCAGAGAGAUACCUCGCCGAGUGCAAUCUGGUGGUUCUUGGGGUGAUGGGAUCUGGAAAAUCAGCCUUGACCGUUAAGUUUCUUACCAAACGCUUCAUCAGUGAAUACGACCCUAAUCUUGAGGAUAUCUACUCAUCAGAAGAGAUGAUAGACCACCAGCCUGUGAUGGUGAAGGUCAUGGACACUGCCGAUCAGGACGGGCCGGUGAACUGCGAGCGCUACCUGUCGUGGGCCAGUGGCUUCAUGGUGGUGUACAGCAUCGACAACAUGCAGAGCUUCAAGGGCUGCCAACGCUACCUGGAGGCCCUGGCCCUCCACCGAAAGGCCCUCCACCUCGACGUCCCCGUCCUGCUGCUGGGGAACAAGGUGGACAUGGAGAGACACAGGCAGGUGAGUAAGAGCGAGGGCGCCUCGCUCGCUGCCCGCUUCGGGGGCCAGUUCUACGAGGUGUCGGCCUGCCUGGACUUCCUGUCGGUGCAGCGCGUCUUCCACGACGCCGUGAGGGAGGUGCGGCGCGAGGCGGACCGCAGCCCGCCGUUCCCGCCCCUGUGCAGGGGCGAGGACAGGCCCCUGGUGGGGAUCGCCUCCGCCCACACCUUCACCACCCCCUGCUACAAGGAGCUGCCCGCGCCCGCCACCGCCAAGCUGGUCACCGUGAAGUCCUCCCGGGCGCAGAGCAAACGCCGCGCCCCCACGCUCACCCUGCUCAAGGGGUUUAAGAUCUUCUGAUGGGGGGGCCGUGGUGGGGUGCUCCUCGAUUGGGGGGCUCCCUGAAGGAGGGUACCCCGAUGGCUGGCUCCAUGAUGGUUGGCUCCGUGAUGGUUGGCUCCGUGAUGGUUGGCUCCGUGAUGGUUGGCUCCGUGAUGGUUGGCUCCAUGAUGGUUGGCUCCAUGAUGGUUGGCUCCGUGAUGGUUGGCUCCGUGAUGGUUGGCUCCGUGAUGGUUGGCUCCAUGAUGGUUGGCUCCAUGAUGGUUGGCUCCAUGAUGGGUGCUUCAUCGCCUCAACCACAUUGUGGAAACUUGAAUGAAACACUCAAACAUAACGCACGUGCGUGGUAACGCACAAAAGGAGAUUGGUACGACGCCAGUGACAAUCAUUUCUUAGCGGAUCCAAGCCGAAGCUUUUCCCGUACUCUGUGGACAUCGGACUGUGUGGAGAUGUAUAAGCUGCAGACCUUUCAAUGUUAAGUCUAUUUUCGAGACAGAUUUUUAUGGAGGGAUUAUAGGCGUAGUGUAGUUUGUUCACUGUAUGAUUUAUCUUUGGUACAUACCGAGCAUUGUGUCGAUAUGUAGAUCCCUACAGGAACACACAACUAGAUGUCUAACGCUGCCACCUUUAGGGGUGGGAGGAUAGUGUUUUGAUAAAUAGAUUGCAUAUUUGUGAAUGUGUUUCAAUAGUGUGAUACUUUUAUAUACAACUUUUAUCAAACCAAAAUGUAAAUAUGGUUACAAUGAACAGAAUUAAUUAUGAUUUAGGUUCUUGUCAUAUAUCAGACACACAUGAUAGCAUACCGACAGAAAUCUGUAUUACCAACACAAAUGCUUUGUCUCAAGAACUUUAUAGACCACAAGUUUUACUCUAGGGGUUGAGGAUGAUUUAAUUUCUUGUAUCAGAUGAUCAUACAUUUGUACAAUUCAAACAAGCAUUAAAAAAAGACAUAAACAAAACAAGGUAUGACACAAAGCAACAACAGAUGAUAUGUUUCUAACGUAUACACAAAGGGUACAA